AGUAGAUUUCGCGGUCGUUGAGCUUCCCUUUUUGGUGUCAGAAUCCAAUUAUCCGAAUUUAAGCAUAAAACCCGAGGCAUUCAAUGCAUUCGCCGUCGCCGCUUAAUUGGCAAAGUGUUAAUUAAGUUUUGGAGCACUUUUCGCUAACCGGUUGGCCGAUGGAAAUGCCCGCAAAAGGGAAGGUGGCAACUGGCCUGGCCUAGCAGCUUGCUCUGGCCGAGAAGUCAUUCCAGAGUGUAUUUGCUUUUGGGAAAUGUGUCAAAAUUUGUAAAAUGUAUCUUUGGGAAUCGCUGGCCCUGAAGCAGCUGCACCUUGAACAUGAAUGGUCCAAAGAAAGAGGAGGCGCCGCCACAGGAGCCGGCACAAGGCGAACCCGAUCCCGUUCCCAACGUGGAUGCGAACGAGACUUCGAUAGUGAUAGAGGAGGAGCAAGAAGAGGGGCAGGACCAACAGAAAUCGAGGAAAUAUGUGUCUAUGGCAACGUCGACCAGCGACGAUCCAUUCCCAUCGAAAAGGAAGACGAAGGAGAAAAAGAAGAAAGUGGAGAAGGAGGUGGAGGUGGAUGUGGAGGCUCAUGCGGAGACGGAUGAGCCAGUAACCUUCGCAGAAGGUCCUUAUGCAGAGCGGAAGGAGAAUGAAAGGGAAGAUGUGCACGAGCAGCAGGAGGAGGACGGGGUGGAUAUGUGGGAGGAGACGCCGGCCAACAGUCAGAGGACUUCGCUACGAAAUUCCAAUAAUAAACGUUCUUCGCAAAAGAGCAACGUGACGAUGGCCGACUCCAUGUCUGAGGAUGAGUUUGCGACCACACCGAGGAGAACGGCAAGUGAUUCGUUUCUUCAAUGGCGAGUGUCCACCACCUCGAUGCAGAACAUGGAGAGCUGUGCCGAGGGGCUGACGGGCUUCCUGGUGACUGCCCUGGCGAUGUUCAUGCUGAUCAUGAUCUCCUGGUUCCUCAUCAUGCAGCUGGAAUUUAUGAAGUACUGCGUUACGUCCGUGUGGGCGGCAUUCGAGAGCGCCUUGGGCAUCUUUGACUCGCGAAAGACGCUGCUGCGGCACAUGUUGAAGUCCGACUAGAUGGCUGAGUCCGUGAGUCAUCCUCAUUCCCCAUAAACUAUCGCUCCACGCCGAGACGAAAGACUGAAAUCAUUGGCACAACAAAUCAGCAUCUCGUUGGCAAAUUUCACUCGGUCUACCAGC